AACAUGAUAGUCGCGGGACAGUGUCGUAGUUUCGUAAUGUGCGGAUCGACGCGGGAAAGGAUAUUGUGGUUGUUGUUCGUCCAAGUUUGAGAGAACAGAGUUGUUGAUGGAUGAAGCUUGCCAGGUGAUUCGUCUCCUUGACCGCCGCCUUCCUGUCGGGAUUUCACACAUUUUUUUGUCACACUAACUUGACUGGCCCUAACUUGGAGUGUUUCUACUUGGCAAGCUGUUGCUCCUGUGCAAGGAAUUGGACCUGUUUAUCCCCCCGGUGUUUUUGCUCAGCCAAGUUUUAUCGCUCGGUUUAGUCAGGAGUGAUCCUUGAGUUUCUCUAACGACAACGAGAAUCGACAACUUGAUCCUAACGAACAUUUCGAAAUCGUGCUAUUCAAGGAUUUGACGCAGAGGAUAGAGAGUAGGCGGUGAUAAAUCCGAAACUGUCUGUUCCUCACCUCGUUUCGUCGAACGGACGUAACGCGUAUACGAGGCUCUUUACGACGGUACACCGGACUUGACGAUCUGGUCCGUACUCCGGAGGACGGUUGUGUCACGGAAUUGCACAACGGAGCUUGAGCACUUUGGAGUUGGAACGUGACACCUUGACAGUGUGGGGUGGAGGAUACCGAUUAUCGCAGACUUCGCUUUGGCGAAAAAGCACUUGUGCCGGAUCUUCCGAUAUGCUGCCUCCUCGCAGCCGCUCUUAACGAAUUGAUACAGGAAUUGAUAGCUUGGGUCUCCAGCAUGGGCUUCCCCAGAUGACAGACUAAUCCCACCCCCCGUUAGAUGAAGUAGCAUCGCGAAAGUUGACGGCGAGAAAUCGUCGAGAGAGAGAAAGAGAGAGAGAGAGAGAGAGAGAUGAUCGGAUGAAGUAACAGUGACCGAAACGUGAUCAAGCAACCACCACGUCGCCGAUGAAGUCUCUCAGCGAGUAUCAGCCAAGUGUUCGAGGGCAGAGCGGUAACGGAUCGUCAAACAUAUCAGGGUCGCGAGUCCUGGGAAAUGGACUGGAACCAGAAGCCGUUCGAUCGGUUAAAGUUGUGUUCGUCAUUGUCGGCAGUAUCGGCAUCAGGCUCGGAGCAAACGGGAUCGAAAGCUCAAGCUCAUAUUUCUCCGAGACGUAAAAUUUGGUACGACGCGACAGGCCAGCGGGGGGGCAUCCGGUCAUCCGAAGGUUAUCCUGCACGGAGGGCCAGCGAGGCCCAAAACAGAUGCGGGACCCGGGGAGGCAGACCCGCGGCGGCGUGACGCGAUGCGGACGCCCCCCACCUGCGCUGCUACCAGGAAGAAGAGGGCCUCGUUCGGCGGAGAACAGCAGGAGGGAUGGAAACCGGCGGUCCUUCGGGCCCUGGGAAUCGCCGCCGUCCUCCAGGUCGUCCUCCUCGGUAGCAACGGGGUCGCGGCCCUCGCUGAGGGCCAGAAGUACGGGACCAGGGUCGUGCGGACGCGGUACGGAGCGCUACGCGGAAUCAUCGCGAGGGUCGCCGCCGUCGAGGCCUACCUCGGCGUUCCCUACGCCACGCCGCCGGCCGGGGCCCUGCGUUACAUGCCUCCGGUUACACCGACGCCCUGGCGAGGCACCAGGGUCGCCGACUCCAUGCCGCCCGCCUGCCCCCAGAGACCGCCGCGUCCGGAGGAUGCUCAGUCCGCUCAGAGGCGGGCCUAUCUUAAAAAAAUAACCCCCAUUCUCACCAACCACAGCGAGGACUGCCUCUACUUGAACCUCUACGUUCCCAGGACGCCGCACGGAAAUCCGACGGACCUUCUUCCCGCGCUGCUUCUCAUCCACGGCGACUCGUACUCCUGGGGCGCCGGAAAUUCUCUGGAUGGAACAGCCUUGGCGGCCCAGGGCCGGCUCAUCGUCGUCUCCAUAAACUUUCGACUCGGUGUUUUGGGCUUUCUAAAAACCGGAUCCAAAGCUAGCGCGCAGGGAAAUUUCGGGCUGAUGGAUCUUGUCGCGGGACUCCAUUGGCUAAGGGAGAAUUUGGCCGCUUUUGGCGGCGACCCAGAACGCAUCACGCUGCUUGGACACGGAACGGGAGCGGCGUUGGCCAAUCUUUUGGCAGUUUCGCCAAUGGCUAGUGAGUUAGUGCAAAGGGUGGUGCUCCUCGGCGGAUCGGCUCUGUCUUCGUGGGCGAUACAGCGCGAUCCUUUAUCCGUGAAGCGGCGUGUUGCCGACCAAUCUCAGUGCUCGGGGGACGUAGAGACGGACGACAUAGCUCCGUGUCUCCGGCUUCGAUCCCUGGAACAGCUUUUGGACGUCAAACUCGAGCCUCCGAGAUUUACCUCAGGCUUCGCCCCCUUCGUCGACGGCGCCGUUCUUCCCAUUGCGGCCCACCAGACGUUCCAGCCGACGGCGGCAUCCUCGGGUUUGAUAUCGGUGAUCCCGGGUCCCGGUGCUGAGUACGCGGCGUUUGGUCAGCGGGAUUUACUGAUGGGAUUAACUUCAGGUGAAGCCUGGCUGGACCUUACCGACGAAGAUUUUCAGAAAGGUCUGAACGAGACGCGGCGAGAUCGCAUCCUCAGGACCUACGUCAGGAACACCUACCGCUACCACCUCCACGAGAUAUAUUCAACCCUGCGGAACGAGUACACGGAUUGGGAACGAGGCGAGCAAAGUCCUUCGGUGAUAUGCGAGGGCCUCCUGUCCCUUCUCGGCGACGGUCAGGUCGCCGCUCCGCUUCUGCGUUUGGCGCUGCUCCAUUCGUCGAACGGAGGUCGAGGCUACUUUUUCCACUUUCAGCCCGGCGAUAGGGUCAGCCUGAAGGGUGACGAGCUGCCGUAUCUCCUCGGGGUGCCUCUGCUACGAGGCGAGCCGACGGCCUCCGCCUUGGCGACUCGCACCAAUUUCACAACCGCGGAUGAAACUUUGUCCAGACUGCUCGUCCACUACCUUGCCAACUUCGUCCGUCGAGGAGACCCAAACGGUGCAAGCCCGUUAAACUCUGCCGAGACGUUGCUGGUGUCAAGCCCACCAUUCUGGGACUCGUACGAUUCUAUAAACCAGCUGUACCUGGAGGCGAGUUCGCGAGUAACGGAGAUGCGUUCGCACUACCGGGGGCACAAGAUGUCGCUGUGGCUGAACCUCCUUCCGCAGCUGCAUCGUCCCGGCUACGAGAUCAGCAUGCGCCACCACCACCUGGCGGAGAAUCCGAUUCUCUACGAGGGUGCGGUGAGACAGCAAAGCAUGGCGAUGCCGAUCCCAGCGCCACCGCUGCUCGCGCCUGCGCCGACGCAGCCUUCGCUCGCUUCGCCCGGAGGAGGAAUUUCGACGACGGACUGUGGGCCGAACAUGUCAAGCAGCGCGGCUCCGACGACGCCGAGAACUUCGCAGCAGCAUCCGAACCUCGGUCCAGCGCCGAAUAACCUGUUGAGGAAGCUGGCCUCGAGCCACUACCAGAGCUACACGACGGCGUUGACGGUGACGAUAGCCGUCGGGAUAUUCUUGCUGUUACUAAACAUCCUUAUAUUCGCUGGAAUCUACCAUCAGCGUGACAGGAACGCGGCGCUUUCGGCCUUCGGUGACAAGAAGAAGGAGGAACUCCUGGAAGCCGGUUGUUCCGGCAUCGACGAGGCCUCCGGCAAGCAGCGGUUGGCCCUGGAUCUUCCGGACUCUCCACCCUCCAGCCCACCCCCUCACAAGGCGAAACUCGCCCAGGAACUCGAACUCCAGCUCCAGGAGUUUCAGUGCUCGCCGCCCCCUGGCGGAGGCAAGCGGGUCUCCGAGCCCCCCUCCUACAGCCGCAGCCCCUGCACCCCCAGGGCCCACACACCCCAGUGCAUUAACGACGACGAUGACGCGCUACCCGAGCCUCCGCCCCCGCCCAAGGCCCCGGCCCCCAACCUCGGCGUUUCCGGUUCCGGUAUACUCAGGCAGCCCGGAACACCCGGCAGCACCAAGAAGAGGGUUCAGAUACAGGAGAUAUCGGUGUGAGCCCCGAGCAGGAAUCGGUCUCUCCGAUAACACGCGGUGUUUCUUUCUUUCUUACUUUCUUUAUUUAUUUAUUUAUUUAUUUAUUUCUUCAUUUUCAAACC